ACUCCCAGUUAACCCAGAAAAGUUUGCGCAAAAGUUUUCCACGUUGCGCAUUUCUCUUCGUCGGGGUCCCACGUCUGGGUGUUCGCAGUCUGUCUGCUGGCCUGCGGAACAAGCGGAGUGGCCGGCCGUCGGUCCAGGACUCGCAGUUGGUGACGUAGAUGCCCAGGAAGCACGCCAUGUUCAAAGCUGUGCUGAAGAAGAACAGAGAGAGCGGAAAGGGGAGCAGAGGGGAGCCAGCCUGCGAGUUUUAUGGCCACAGCGCCCCCCGCAGAUUUCCACUGGGUGGGGCGGCCCAUCACCAAGACCCAGGCGGCUCCCGCUCCCUCGUCCCCGAGGACCUGGUUCGCCUGAGCCUGGCCAAAGGGACGUCCAUGUCCCUCCCAUCCUCGCCGCUGCUUCCCCGACAGUCCUACAUGAUGGCCACACGUUCCACCAGGAAGUCCCCAGGUCCAAUCAGGAAGCCCAAGUACGUGGAGAGCCCUUGCAUACCCGGAGAUACCAUCGUCUCUGCGCUGAGGAAGGUGGCCCAGCACACAGAGACUGCCCACAAUGAGCCACGCCCCCAGAGGGAGCUGAGCUCCGCCUCCUCACCUGCCACUCAGGAACUGAUGACCCGGCUGGGAUUCCUACUGGGAGAGGGCAUCCCGGCCGCUGCUGGCUUACCCAUGGAGGACAGGAAUGAGAAAAAGUGUACUGCACCUAGCCAAGGAGUGAGUCCCUGCUCCACCCUGACCAGCAGCACGACCUCCCCCAGCACGGACAGCCCCUGUUCCACCAUCAGCAGCCGUGCCAGCCGGCCGCCCCCCUGCGGGGCCGUCCCCAGCCCCAGCUCCACCCUGGAGAGCAAAGACAGCGGCAUCAUCGCCACCGUGACCAGCUCCUCGGAGAAUGAGGAGCGUGGAGGCUCUAGCCUGGAGUGGAGGAAGGAGGGCGGCUUAAGGGACAGCCGGCGACACGGACCCAUGCGGGCAGUACGAGCCGAUGCCUGCUCGCCUGUGGCGGAGGAGGAGCCAGCUGGCCCUGCCCCCGCCCCAGGCCCCGCCCCCCUGCUCAUGGGGAGACCACUCCCACCGCCUCGACCCCUGCACACCACCGCCUCGUCGCUGGCGAUGCAGCGGCCCAACUCUGUGGCAGCCACCAGUUCCACCAAGCUGGAAGACCUGAGCUACCUCGAUGAGCAGCGUAACGCACCUCUGCGGGCCUCCAUGCGCCUACCGUGCUCUGGCUCGGGAGGAAAGACCCUGCAGGACUCCAAGGCUCGGUUCCUGCCCUACAAGCCAGCGGACAUCAUGCUGAAGCCGCUGCUCUUCGAGGUGCCCAGCAUCACCUCGGACUCUGUGUUUGUGGGACGCAACUGGGUCUUCCAGCAGCUAGAACAGGCCCUUGGGAGCCAGGCCACAGGAGAGGGCCGCGGAGCCGUGCUGGUGGCCGGGGCUGGGGCCGGCAAGACUGCCAUAGUCUCCCGUCUGGUGGCCCUCAGCUGCCAUGGAGGGCGCAUGCGUCAAAUUGCCUCCAGCAGCCCUGGAGCUCCCCCUAGAGGUGGCGACAGCAGUUCAGAAUUACCGCUCAGCCAGGCCACCUGUCCCUCAAGCACUCCUGGUACCCUGCGGGAUGGCAGCUGUCCCGGGACACCCGAGCUCCAGAGAUCCAGGGAGGAGACCAUCAAACGGCUGGCCUCUAAGGUGGUGGCGUACCACUACUGCCAGGCGGACAACACCUACACCUGCUUGGUGCCGGAAUUCGUGCACAGUGUCGCCGCCCUGCUGUGCCGGGCGCCCCAGCUCAGCGCGUACAGGGAGCUGCUGCUGAAGGAGCCCCACCUGCAGAGCAUGCUGAGCCUCCGCUCCUGCGUGCAGGACCCCUCAGCAGCCUUCCGCCGGGGUGUGCUGGAGCCCCUGGUCAGCCUCCGCGAGGAAAGGAAGACCCCGGAGGAGGAUCACGUGAUCCUGAUCGACGGGCUGAACGAGGCGGAGUUCCACAAACCGGACUAUGGGGACACCAUCUCCUCAUUUCUCAUCAGAAUCAUACCGAGGUUCCCCGUCUGGCUGAAGCUCAUAGUCACAGUCCGGGUCAAUCUGCUGGACAUCACUAGCCUGAUGCCCUUCACCAAGAUCACCCUGGACCAUUUUCCAGACAACCAGGAUGUUCAGGAUGACCUGUAUGCCUACAUCCAGCACCGCAUCGGCAGCAGCAAGGAGAUCCUGAAUAACAUCUCACUGAACGGCAAGGCCGACCCAGCCAUGGUGGGCAAGUUGAGCAGCCACCUGGCCUCACUCAGCCAAGGCUCCUAUCUGUACCUGAAGCUGACCCUGGACAUGUUUGAACAUGGCCACCUAGUCAUCAAGAGCGCCAGCUACAAGGUCGUGCCUGUCUCGCUGGCUGAGCUCUACCUGCUGCAGUGCAACAUGCGCUUCACCAGCGGUGCCGCCUUCGAGCGCGCCCGGCCCGUCCUCAACGUGGCACUGGCCUCGCUGCACCCACUUACCGAUGAGCAGCUCUUCCGAGCUGUCAACGCCGGAGCUGUAGCUGGCGAGCUGGAGUGGGAAGACUUUCGGCAGAGGGUGGAGGCCCUAUCCUGCUUCCUGGUGCGCAGGAGGGACAAAACUCGCAUGUUCUGCCAUCCUUCCUUCCGUGAAUGGCUCGUGUGGAGGGCCGAUGGCGAGAGCACGGACUUCCUGUGCGACCCCAGGAGUGGCCACGCCCUCAUGGCCUUCAUGCUGUCACGGCAGGAGGGGAAACUGAACCGCCAGCACACUAUGGAGCUGGGCCAUCACAUCCUGAAGGCCCACAUCUUUAAGGGUCUGAGCAAGAAGAUGGGCGUGUCCUCCAGCGUGCUUCAGGCCCUGUGGAUCAGCUACAGCACUGACGGCCUGUCCGCUGCCCUGGCCUCCCUGAGGAACCUCUACACGCCCAACGUCAAGGUAAGCCGUCUCCUGAUGCUGGGUGGGGCCAACGUGAACUACCGCACGGAGGUGCUGGGCAAUGCGCCGGUGCUGUGCGUGCAGUGCCACUUGGGCCACCAGGAGCUAGUGAGCCUGCUGCUGGAGUUCGGCGCCACCGUGGAGGGCACCUCGGAGAACGGGAUGAGCGCCCUGUGCUUCGCGGCAGCCGCUGGCCACCUGGGCCUCGUCACACUGCUCUGCAAGCGUGGGGUCAAGGUCGACCAUGUGGACAAGAGUGGUCAGUGCGCCCUGGUCCAUACAGCUCUACGGGGCCACCUGGAUGUCAUGCAGUUCCUGCUGGCCAUGGAGUGGAGCCCUGGCGGUGGGCAGGGGGACUCCGGCCUGAAAAGCAGGGCCACCCAGCAGGCCCUUACCGCCGCUUGCAGCAUGGGCCACACACAGGUGGUGCGGAGUCUGCUGGCACUGAGUAAUGAGCACAGCGUGCAGAUUGAUGGGCAUGACACACUCUGGGGAGAGACAGCCCUGACGGCCGCAUCGAGCCGAGGCAAGCUGGAGGUCUGCAAGCUGCUGCUGGAAGAGGGGGCUGUGGUGCAGCAGGCCAACCGCCGUGGGGCCUCCUCCCUCUUCUGUGCUGUGAGGCAGGGCCACUGGCAGGUCGCCGAACUCCUCCUGGAGCAGGGAGUGGACGUCAACGUCACCGACAAGCAGGGACGGACCCUGCUGAUGGUGGGAGCCUGCGAGGGCCACCUGAGUACAGUGGAGUUCCUGCUGUCCAAGGACGCCUCCGUGACGGCGGUGGAUAAGGAGGGCCUGACGCCUCUCAGCUGGGCCUGUCUGAAGGGACACAGGGAGGUGGUGCGCUGUCUGGUGGCAAACGGUGCCGUGGUCGACCACGCCGACAAGAAUGGGCGCACUCCACUGGACCUGGCGGCCUUCUACGGCGACGCCGACAUUGUGCACUUCCUGGUGGAGAAGGGCGCGGUGAUCGAGCACGUGGACUGCAGCGGGAUGAGGCCACUGGACCGGGCCAUUGGCUGCCGGAACACCUCAGUGGUGGUGACCCUGCUGAAGAAGGGGGCCAAGCUGGGCUACAGAACAUCUCCUUAUGAUCGAUCAGGCAAUGCGGCCUGGGCUAUGGCGACCUCCAAGCCUGACAUCCUCAUCAUCCUCCUUCAGAAGCUCAUGGAGGAAGGCAACCUGCUCUACAAGAAGGGAAAGAUGAAGGAGGCUGCACAGCGAUACCAGUACGCCCUGAGGAAGUUCCCCAGGGACGGCUUCGGGGAGGAUCUGAGGGCCUUCAAAGAGCUGCGCGUGUCGCUCUACCUCAACCUGUCCCGCUGCCGCAGAAAAACCAAUGACUUCGGCAUGGCUGAGGACUUCGCUACCAAGGUGCUGGAGCUGAAGCCAAAAUGCUACGAGGCGUACUAUGCGAGAGCCAGGGCAAAGAGGAGCAGCAGGCAGUUUGCUGCAGCGAUGGCCGACCUGCAUGAGGCUGCCAAGCUCUGCCCCAAUAACCGCGAGAUCCGGCGGCUGCUGGCGCGCGUGGAGGAGGAGUGUCAGCAGCUGCAGCACGCGCAGCAGAAGCAACAGGGCGCAGGCCACGACUCGGACCACGAGGAAGAGGAGGCCGACGUGCUGGAGCAGAGCAUGGAUGGGGCGGAUGAAGGCGAGGGGCCCGAGGACACCGCCACUGCCGCCGACGACGAGGAAGACGAGCCGCUCUCCGCGGGCUGGUCGCAGAGCAUCUACUCGCUGAACAGGACGCUCCCAGACUCGAUGGGUCCGUCCCGCCACAACGCCAGAGCAGGUUCCCCGCCCAGCAGGCGGCCCCACAAACCGGCCCCCGAGGCCGUCUCCCACCAGGGCCUGGUCCUGCAGCCCAGCAGACAGGCACAGAUCGUGAAGACCAGCCAGCACAUGAACUCUCUGCAAAGCGGUUCCAGGUCUGGGGGAAAGACACAGGGCCAGUAUGCCCCGUCCAGCCCGCUGCCCGGCCGCCACAUGUCCAGCGCACUGAGGCCGGGGCCUGGCAUAGACAUCAGCCCGCUGCCAUCCGGUGCAGACGACUCGGGGCCGGGAUACCGCUCCGAUCCCGAUGCGCGGCCUUCCCUCCAAUCCUCCAGCAGUGUCAGAGAGAGACAGGCGCUGGAUGUGCACCAGGAGGCCAGGAAGGAGCUGGGGUCCCAACCCGGUGGCAUCAGAGUGUCCGGCUCCUCCAGCAGCCUUGGGUCCAGCGGCAGCCUGUCAGACGGUGGUAGGUUGCAGGGUUCCGACCCGCGUUGCAGGGCUUCGUCGAGUGAGAAGAGCAGGCCGGGCGAGCAUAAGCCCCGCCCCUUCAUGGGGGUCACGGAUAAGACGGCACGUUUUCAGCAGCUACAGCACCAGGGCGGCGCUCUCGAGGUACGUGGCCGGCAAAGCCACUCAGUAGAGGGGCUGGCAGGACAUGCCGCCCCGUCGAACUGUGAGUGGGCGCACGCGAACAUGGCGGGCUCCCACCGCGGGCACCUGGACGGCACCUACGCCAGCCUGCACAACGGAACGCACGUCCGGGAGUUUGCCGAGCGCUUCUCCUACGCCGAGCCAGGGCACCGGGCCGCCGUGGAUGCCAAGGCCAAGCAGGCGCUGACCCAGGAUAGCCCCACCCUGCACUCCGCAUCCAUCAAACCAAAGCGACCGUUCAUCGAAUCCAACGUGUGAAACUGCACCUUUACGAGAUGGCGCUCCCGUUUUUCCUGAGGGAAGAUGCCAAGUGUACACUGUUUCACCAUCUGCCGCUGUCAAAGGCAUUGAGGUGCUGCUCUACGGGGCCCCCUGCAGGCCGUGCGGAGACAGUGCUGCUAACCGCUCAACGCUGACCUUUCAGCUGACCUUUCUCGCCGCACCACUGCCGCAAUAACACAGGCCCCACCCCGUGUCGUCUGCAUAAAGCCACCCCUAACUAGGGAGAGGUGCUGGGGAGGGCACUGCUUGGCCCCCAGACUGGGGAAACCACACACUAGAACUUCUUGUACAUAUGACCUUUGUUUACAUGAAGGUCACCGCUGCCGCUGACUUACUGGACAUACAUGUAUAUAUAUACCUAGCUGCUUUUUAUUUCCGCAUUCAGAGGUCAAGAGUCUCUAUUAAAACUCAUACAAGGUUUACUGGAAUCUUUCCCGCUUGUUGCCACCUACGUUUAUUUAUUUACUGCUCUUAACAGCUUGGUCGAUUGUAAAAGCAAUACUUAUACUCUAUAGUUUUAUUUUUGCACUGUGGAGACAUUGAGAAAAGAGCGUCGAUGAGGACAGUGCAUAUUGCAGGGGUACAGUUUGUAAUAAAAUAAUUUAAAUAUAUAUAUGGGCAUAUAUAUAUAUAUAUAUGUAUAUGUAUAUAUAUAUAUGUAUAUGUAUAUAUAUAUAUAUGUGAAUGAAUAAAAUAAGGUUUGGGGCCAGCUGCAGCAGCUCUGCUAUACUCUUGAUGUGUUCAGUAUUGUGAAGCUGUAUUUUCUGUUCUCACAAACUGUCAAAUGGAAAAACUAUAUAUACACACACAUGCUGCCAUUCUAACAAUGGAGAAAUUAAAGUCCUACUGCUGAGACUGGC